CGCCGCCAGCCGCCGCCGCCGCCGCCUGAGCUCUGUAGUAUGGCAUCGAGGAGAAUGGAGACCAAACCUGUGAUAACCUGUCUCAAAACCCUCCUCAUCAUCUACUCCUUCGUCUUCUGGAUCACUGGGGUGAUCCUGCUGGCUGUUGGAGUCUGGGGCAAGCUCACUCUGGGCACCUAUAUCUCCCUGAUCGCCGAGAACUCCACAAAUGCUCCCUACGUGCUCAUCGGAACUGGCACCACCAUCGUCGUUUUUGGCCUGUUUGGAUGCUUUGCUACAUGCCGUGGUAGCCCAUGGAUGCUGAAGCUGUAUGCCAUGUUCCUGUCCUUGGUGUUCCUGGCUGAGCUCGUCGCUGGCAUUUCAGGAUUUGUGUUUCGUCACGAGAUCAAGGACACCUUCCUGAGGACUUACACGGAUGCCAUGCAGAAUUACAAUGGCAACGACGAGAGGAGCCGGGCAGUGGACCAUGUGCAGCGCAGCCUGAGCUGCUGUGGUGUGCAGAACUACACCAACUGGAGCACCAGCCCCUACUUCCUGGAGCAUGGCAUCCCCCCGAGUUGCUGCAUGAACGAAACCGACUGUAAUGCCCAGGAUCUGCACAACCUGACCGUGGCCGCCACCAAAGUUAACCAGAAGGGUUGCUAUGAUCUGGUGACCAGUUUCAUGGAGACUAACAUGGGGAUCAUCGCUGGAGUGGCAUUCGGAAUCGCGUUCUCCCAGCUGAUUGGCAUGCUUCUGGCCUGCUGUCUGUCCCGGUUCAUCACGGCCAAUCAGUAUGAGAUGGUGUAAGGAGAAGUCUUUCAAGAAUGAUGGAAAAAGAGACCUGUUUUAAAAUGAAACUGCAGAAAUCUUCGAAAGACUUCCAAAGAAUGUUAGAGCACAGUGCAUAAUCCACUUGCCCUACUACCCUAACCCCCAUCCCUGCGUGCAACUGACACUCCAGCCCAGUCUCUGCUUCACCCUACAGCACUCAUCAUGUGUAGUGUCCAUCUUGUGAAGCCCUGUUGUGCCACAGAGUGUAGCCAGAUCCCCUUGCAGCUAGUCCUAGUGAACCCCCCACCCCCGACCCCCGAGGCCCUGUGUGUGCCAGCUCUUCCAUUUGUACUUGGUCCACCUGCAGCUCAUCCUAGGUGACUGGUGAUUGCACCCAUCACUGGCCCUUUUGGGGCCUGCAUGUAGUGUGGCAGGCUCUUGUAAGCCCCUCACCGUGGUCGAUAAAUGCCACACACUUUUACAUAGAUAAGCAGACAAUAGUUACCUGUUCUUUUGGCUUAAUGUUGUUUGGUUGGGUUUUCCCUUUACUAAGGCCGUUUCCUACCUUCUUUAGGCUACCUAGGACAUACACAGCGACACAUCAGUAAUUGCCCGUGAGGAGGAGAGAGCAUGUGUCAUGCAUGACGGGCAUUGUCACUGAGCAUUGGGUGGCCUCCUUUCUCAUUGUUCCAUAUCUGGGUAUGUAGGGACAGUUGAGUGUAACUUUGCCUCUCAGUUGAAACCUGUACAAUCCUGUUACAAAGCUAUACUAUUGCUUCCUGUGAAGGCAAUGACAUCACUUUUGUUUUCCCCAGUUAAUUGCAAUUGUGUUAUUUUACUUCUUCUGUAUUUUUUUUUUCUUGCGUUGACAUUACACACAUUGAAGACCUCAUCGGAUCAGUUUAAAAAUGAGUGUGAAGGGGGAACAAAAGUCAAAAUAUUUUUAAAAGAUCUUAAAAAUAAUGCCUCUGUCUAGCAUGCCAACAAGAAUGCAUUGAUAUUGUGAACAUUUGUGAUAUAUGUAUUAAUAAAUAGAGCAAUUACAAA